GGGUCAUCGACAUGAGCCGCGUUCCGCCGCGGCUGGGCAGGCUGCUGUCGGCGUCAGUCAUUCGUGGUCGCAGCAGACGCCGUAUCUGCUGUGUGUGGUUACUGCUGCUGCGUCCUCUGUGGUGGUGCUACCACCGCGACUUCCCGAUCAGCGAUGAAGCUAACUGUGACGACGCUUUCGGGCGAGCUGUACAUGUUAGACGUGGGUGCCGAGAUGGAGUUGGAGGGGCUGAAGGCGCUCUGCGAGUUCGAGUCCGGCGUGCCCGCCAGGGAAAUGGUGCUCAUGCACGAAGGCCGACCGCUGCUGGACGAGAAGCGCUCGCUCACAUCGCACUCCAUCAAGGAGGGCGAUGUGCUGCUCAUUCAGCACCUGGUGCCCGCAACCAACGCGUCCACUAGCUCUGGUGAUGGACCGCCCCUGACGCUAGAUUUCAGUCGUAUCCCUGUCCCGGCGACGGCCGGCCAAAGUUCAGAGACAGAUAUGAGCCUGGGCCCACGUGGGGCAGAGGAAGAGGAGCCGGCCUUCAUCCGAGAUAUGAUCCUCAAAAGCCCCGACCAGCUUGCCCUGCUGAAGCACAACAACCCACAGCUCGCUGAUGCCCUGCUGUCGGGUGACCUUGAGCUGUUCACGCGGGUGCUUCGGGAGCAGCAGAAAGAGAAGUCUGACAGGGACCGGCAGCGCAUCCGCAUGAUGAACGCUGACCCCUUUGACCCCGAGACGCAACGACUCAUUGCCGAAGAGAUCAGGCAGCAGAACAUUGAUUCCAACAUGGAGGCAGCCAUGGAGUACCACCCAGAGAGCUUCGGCCAAGUGGUGAUGCUGUACAUCAACUGCCGUGUCAAUGGGCACCCAGUCAAGGCCUUCAUUGACUCAGGUGCGCAGACAACCAUCAUGAGCCAGGGCUGUGCUGAGCGAUGUGCCAUCAUGCGACUCGUGGACCCUCGGUGGGCAGGUGUUGCCAAAGGAGUGGGAACCCAGCGCAUCAUUGGUCGCAUUCACCUGGUGCAGAUUGAGAUUGAAGGAGUGUUUUCCUGA